UUUGUGCUAGAAGAGCAGGAAGCGGGAUAGAUGUCUACUUUAUCUCUGCCUUAAAUGUUGUCUGUAGUUGCGUAUAUGAAAUAAAGUACCUGGGUAGAUAGAAUAGAUAAUACAAACUGUUCUCAUGAAAAUGUUUAUUUAAAUCAACGAAAAAUCCUUCAGGAAUUCGAUGAGAAUUCUUAAAUACAGCAUAACACAUCAAUACUGUGAUAUCAAUCAUGACGCCGACGGAACUGAAUAUGCUUAAGUUGGAAGCGAGUAGUAUGAUGUGGGCUACAGCCGUGGGGUUGUCGGUAUGCAUAUGUACUUGAAAACGUAUCAGGCUACUGGCAGCUUUCUUGUGACGGUUCUCACAGAUUUACUGAAUAUUCUAUGUAUAGGACUGAUUUUGUGAAGUUCAUCGGUUGUUUAAGCUCGAGACGCUUUCGAGAAAAUGCAUAUAUUUUUUUGCGUAGGACUUGGGAUCCUCUUGGUUGGGUCUGUGUCGCUGUUUUUGGUUCCAAUGGGGGAGAGUUUUGGGUGUUCGUGGAGUAACUAAGAGUGCAGGUGAUGGAAAUGAGGUUGGGGAUGGAAGUGAGCUGGCGGAUAUGGGGGAAGGUAAUCCUCGAGUUUCUGCUGCUGCUACUGCUGACGUUGUGCCCGUCAACGGGGAAUAAGUUGAGAUUUUCGAUGGUGACGAGAGUAUUUAGUUUGAGGGAACGAUACUACGGCCUAUUAAGAUCAAUACGAACCAUCUCAACGGGUUUUUAUCAAACUUGUGAAUUGAGACACUUUGAUGCUGUAAACGCAGCAGAAGAGCAUUUGAAUGGCUAAAACACAAGGUAGCUCAAUUAAAGGGCGAUGGAAGCAAUACGUAAGGAAGAUAGCUAAGGGUUUCAAAGUUUUGCUGUCCUUUGUCGCGGGUUCAUUUGCUCACGAUCAGAACAAACCAAGUCAAUUCAACGGUGCCUUGCACUCUUGGAAAACCAAACUACAUAUUCCAAACAUGCAAAUAUGUUUUUAUGAGAUAAAAUCAAAUGAAUGAAUGUAUCCAAUGCACAGUACCGGCAAUUAGGUUGUGAUUUCUCUGGGUAGUAGAUUACCUCAAGGUU